AUGCGGCGCGCGCUUCGACCGACGGCGACGCGGGCGACGCGAUGGGCGCGUCGCGCGUCCGGGGAGAGAUUCUCGGGGUUACUGGACCGCGAAGACGCGCGCGCGCCGGGGGCGGGUGGACGAGUACCGGUGGUGCAUCACGAUUCGUACAGCGCGCCGACGCUGCCGAGGGGUCACAGGUUUCCCAUGGGGGUGUUUCAGCGCGUCCGCGACGCGCUGGCGCGAGAGGGGAUCGUGCGGGUGGGUGAUUCGAGCUCGAACGCGUUCUCGCCGUCGCGGAGACCGACGUUCGAGGAGCUCGCGGCGGCGCACAGCGAGGAGUGGACGCGGACGGCGACGAGCUCAGAGGGACCGGACGCGAAGCGGUUGCGAGAGAUCGGUCUGCCGUGGAGCGAUGUUUUAGUGGAGCGGACGCUGAUGGAGGUGAGCGGGACGAUGCUCACGGUGGAGAUGGCUUUGGAGUGCGGGUUGGCGGUGAACACGGCGGGCGGGACGCAUCACGCCAAGGGAACGCGAGGAGGUGGAUUUUGUAUUUUAAACGAUUUAGCGACCGCAUCACUGGCUGUUCUGAACUCAGGAAGGCUAUCGCGAGUGAUGAUCGUGGAUUUAGACGUGCAUCAAGGGGACGGGACGGCGGAGAUUUUGGAGAACGAGUGGCACCGGUGCUACACAUUUUCAGCGCACGCGGCUUCGAAUUUCCCGGCGCGAAAGGCUCGAAGCACGCGGGACGUGGAGCUUCCGAGAUCGAUGAACGACGAUGAGUACAUGUCUGUCGUCUCAUCGGCGCUACGCGAGUCCCUGGAGGAUUUCAGACCCGAGCUGGUGAUUUAUGACGCGGGCGUGGACGUCACGGCGAACGACGCGCUUGGACAUUUAGAUCUCACGUUCGAGGGACUGUAUCGACGCGAGCGCAUGGUCUUAGACACGUGUCUUGGAAGUGGAAUUCCAGUCGCGGGUGUAGUGGGCGGCGGAUACUCGCCGGAUUUGGACGAGAUUGCGAACAGGCACGCGGUGCUCCAUCGAGUCGCCCAAGAGAUGUUCACCGAUCACGGAUUGUGA